AAUGAUCCUGAGGGAGCCACACAAAAGGAAAUGCUCAUCAGUGACCCUUUGAAAACAGCAGGCACAGUGCAGACGCAUUCUCCCACAGCCUGGUCCCAGUCAGAGAACAGGUGUGAGCGGUCAGACGGGUGUUAGUGCAGAGACUAGGUGUGAGCACGGAGAACAGGUGUGAGCGGCCAGAGAAUAGGUGUGAUCGUGGAGAAAAAGGGAGCGGUCGAGAACAGGUGUGAGCAUGGAGAAUAGGUAUGAGCCCUUGAACAUGUGAGCACACAGGAUAUGUGAGUGUGGAAUAGUUGUGAGUGGCCAGAGAAUAGACCUGAGUGUGGAGUAGGGGUGAGCAUGGAGAAUAGGUGGGAGUGGUCAGAGAACAGGUGGGAGCAUGGAGAACAGAUGGGAGUGUGGAGAAGAGGUGGCAGUGAUCAGAAAACAGGUGGCAGUGAUCAGAAAACAGGUGGCAGUGGUCAGAGAACAGGUGGGAGCGUGGAGGACAGGUGGCAGUGGUUGGAGAACAGGUGGGAGCAUGGAGGACAGGUGGCAGUGGUCAGAGAACAGGUGGGAGUGUGGACAACAGGUGGGAGCAUGGAGGACAGGUGGCAGUGGUCAGAACAGUGGGAGCAUGGAGAACAGGUGGGAGUGUGGAGGACAGGUGGCAGUGGUCAGAGAACAGGUGGGAGCGUGGAGGACAGGUGGCAGUGGUCAGAGAGCAGGUGGGAGUGUGGAGAACAGGUGGGAAUGGUCAGAACAGUGGGAGCGUGGAGGACAGGUGGGAAUGCUCAGAGAACAGGUGGGAGUGAUCAGAGAACAGGUGGGAGUGUGAAGAACAGGUGGGAGUGGUCAGAGAACAGCUGGGAGCGUGGAGAACAAGUGGGAAUGGUCAGAGAACAGGUGGGAGCGUGGAGGACAGGUGACAGUGGUUGGAGAACAGGUGGCAGUGGUCAGAGCAGGUGGGAAGGGCAGCAGCCUCACAGGGGAGACUGGCAGCUCCCACUCGGCCAGAGCCCUGUGCCGAGUCGCCUCUCAGCACCCCGCUCGACCCUGGCAGCCCGGCGCACUUGGCAGGGUUCAUGUGUGCCAAAGUGCCAGUUCUCAGGGCUCACCCUUGAGAUUUCAGUGUUUGUUCCUUAACAUAAGACUUUCCCAUGGUUGAAAGUUUUCAUCUGCACAUCUUGUGAUGUGAAUUCUUGAUCAUCCAAAGUUCAGUCAAUGAGCCAAGAGUUUUCCACAAAACACAGUAUCUGUCAAUGCCCAGGACUGAACAUGUUUAUUUUCAUGCCAACACGUUCUUUUCAGAAUUCAAUAAAACCUAACACAUUCAUAGAAUAA